AUGGCUCUAUUCCAAGUUGAAGGAUGGGAUUUGAAGACCACGCAGGUCUCUUACGACAGUGCAAAUGCUAAGAAGGAGAACAAGAAAAAAGAGAGGAAAGAAAAGGCCAAAAAGGCACACGAGAGAAGACUUCGAGAGACGGAGGAAGAGGUCUCCAAUUACGCAGUAGAAGACGAAGAUGAUGAGAAACCUACAAAGGAAACUCUCGCGAAAAAGACUGCUUCGUCUAGCAGAUAUAACCGGACUUCUGAAAACCUUGAGGAAACGGUAAAGGAAUCAGUAAAAGAGUCUGCGAAAAAGACUGCUUCAUCUAGCAGAUACAACCAGACUUCUGAAAACCCUGAGGAAAUAGUAAAGGAAUCAGUAAAAGAAUCAGUAAAAGAAGCGGACAAGGAAACGGUCAAGGAAACUGCCAAGGAAAAGGUUAAGGAAACGACAAACGAAAAGCCUCCUAGUAAAAAGCGGAAACUGAGCAACUCUGACGCGACGACUGGGGUCAAAGAUGCGAUAUCUCAAGAAUCACACGCAUCAAAGAAGCCACUGACCGCACUUCAGCAAAAAAUGAUGGCCAAGCUAAGUGGAUCAAGGUUCAGAUGGAUUAACGAACAAUUAUACACAAUUUCGUCUGAUAGUGCAUUGGAUCUCAUCAAAAAGCAGCCCGGUCUCUUUGAUGAAUAUCACGAUGGCUUCAGGUCACAAGUUCAAUCGUGGCCCGAGAAUCCUGUGAAUGUUUUUGUUGAUCAGUUCCGUACCAGAUCUCAAAAACCUGUGAAUGCUCCAGGUGGUCUUCCAGGCCUGCAAUCUGACAAGAAAAUAGUAGUGGCUGAUAUGGGAUGCGGUGAAGCUCAGUUGGCACAGGACUUGAACAACUAUUUUGCUCAAUACAACCGUAAACAGAAGAAGCACUUCAAAAAACACUGCGUUGUGCACAGUUUCGACCUGAAAAAGCCAAACAAGCUAGUGACGGUGGCAGACAUUAGAAACGUACCUCUACCAAAUGAGUCUUGCACGGUAGUUGUCUUUUGCUUAGCUUUGAUGGGGACAAAUUUCCUCGAUUUUAUUAAAGAAGCUUACAGAUUGCUGGCACCUCGUGGUGAGCUUUGGGUUGCUGAAAUCAAGUCGCGCUUUGCAGACCGCCAAGGCGAUGAGUUUGUGAACGCCAUAAAGCUCUUAGGGUUUUUCCACAAAAAAACUGAUGACACUAACAAGAUGUUUACCAGAUUCGAGUUCUUUAAACCUCCACAAGAUAUCAUAGAGGAAAGAAAAGCCAAACUUGAGCGCAGGCAGAAAUUUGUUGAAGUCGAAACCGAAAAGGAAGAAUUAGAAACGAAAAGAUCCAAGACCCCAGAGGGUAAAUGGCUAUUGAAACCCUGUAUUUACAAGAGAAGGUAA